AUGUACUUCGUGUCGACUUUAAUGGGGCUGCUGUUUGGAUAUGGUCAAACACUAGAUGCAAACUGCGAUUUCGAACGAAACAUCCUAGCAGACAGAGAUUAUUACAUAAACAGCCUAAACUAUCCCGAAAGCUAUAGCGCAGGAGCGAGGUGCCGAUGGAUUGGGAAGUGCCCCAAAGGAUACAACUGCAGACUUGAUUGCGAUGACAUUGAUUUACCACAGACCCCGUCGUGCUCCGGAGAUCGUGUGGUGAUAUCGAGGACGGGGGACCCGCUGUUGACCUCAGGAGAGACUUAUUGCGGAGCCGGCUCUUUGACUGUGGUUUCCACUGGACAGAAAAUAAGCAUAGGUUUAAUUACAGCUUUAAACACUACUGGAGGCAAAUUCUCGUGUAAGUUGGCUGCACAGCUUCAAUCAACGACUCCGCUUGACUUGUGUCAGUGUGGAUAUCAAGGCGCGAACCGAAUUGUCGGCGGAACCGAGACAAGGUCUAAUGAAUUUCCAAUGAUGGCAGGAAUCGUGUACGUUGAUGAAGCUGCCAUUAAAUGUGGUGCAGUGAUCAUUUCUCGGACUGUUGUUGUGACUGCCGCCCAUUGCGUGAUAAAUAAGCGUAAAGAUAAUGUAGCUGUUAUUGUUGGAGAACCCGAUACUGCAACCGGAGCCCGCACGUACGACUGCGGCGGCGACAUUUUCCUCGGUGACCGAACCGUCAAGACCUAUAUAAUAAUAAGCCUGACUAACAGCAGGCGCUGGUCAAUGCCCGCCAGUUUUGCGUCGAUGAGGGCCCCUACUGAGGAGAUACGAGAGGCCCUCAGCUCCUCCAGUGCAUCCCCCUGCAAAGAUGAGGGCGGAGCAUUCGCAGAGGGC